AAAGAUGGCAACUGUAUUACUCGAGUAGAGAUAUUCUUGCCCUCCCCUAAGCAGUGCAAUCUGACACUGUUCACCAGCAUGUUGGGUUAUGAGUGGUCUUAAGAUCUUAAAAUAUUUUUGAAGACUUGAGUAGGUGGUAUUGUAAAUUCUCAGUUUUCUUCAGAUGACUUGAGCAUCCCCAGAGUUUUGAAGUUGGAGGGAUAGUUCAAGAACCAAUCCCCACAGAUACUGUGAAACAAUUGUGUUUGUAUACAUCCUUAUAUAUGUAUCUGUUUAUAUAUUGAUAAACAGCUGCAGUUCUAUUAAUGAUGACAUUUUCCUAGUUACCCAGUGUUGCAUUAACUUUUCCUAGGGAGAUGCGAGCAAACGAGUAUUCAUCCCAGAUAGGGCACCAAGGACAGAACAGAGUACGAUUCCACCAAAGUCCAACUUGGCAAACCACACUGAACAGAAUUGGUGAUGAAAUGGAGCCUGGAACGAACUCUUUUCGAGUAGAGUUUCCAGAUUUUUCCAGCACCAUUCUUCAGAAACUAAACCAGCAGCGACAACAAGGACAGUUAUGUGACGUCUCCAUUGUAGUCCAAGGCCACAUUUUCCGGGCACACAAAGCCGUUCUUGCUGCCAGUUCACCCUACUUUUGUGACCAAGUACUCCUAAAAAACAGUAGGAGAAUUGUUUUGCCUGAUGUGAUGAACCCAAGAGUAUUUGAGAACAUUCUCCUAUCUAGCUACACAGGACGCCUUGUGAUGCCUGCUCCAGAAAUCGUUAGUUACUUAACAGCGGCCAGCUUCCUCCAGAUGUGGCAUGUGGUGGACAAGUGCACUGAGGUUCUGGAGGGAAACCCCACAGUUCUGUGUCAGAAACUAAAUCAUGGCAGUGAUCACCAGUCUCCCAGUAGCAGUAACUACAAUGGCCUGGUAGAGAGCUUUGAGCUGGGCUCUGCGGGGCAUACUGACUUCCCCAAAGCACAGGAACUGAGGGAUGGUGAGAAUGAAGAGGAGAGCACCAAAGAUGAGCUGUCAUCUCAGCUCACUGAGCAAGAGUACUUGCCCAGUAACUCAUCCACAGAGCAUGACCGGCUGAGCACCGAGAUGGCAAGCCAGGAUGGGGAGGAGGGGGCCAGCGACAGCGCUGAGUUCCACUACACCCGGCCUCUGUACAGCAAGCCCAGCAUCAUGGCUCACAAACGCUGGAUCCACGUGAAGCCUGAGCGCCUGGAACAGGCGUGUGAGGGCAUGGAUGUACAUGCGGCCUAUGACGAGCACCAGGUCACCGAGUCCAUCAACACCAUGCAGACAGAGCACUUGGUCCAGCCUUCAGGAGUGGAGGAAGACUUCCAGGUUGUGGAGAAGAAAGUGGAAGCAGAGUUUGAUGAGCAAGCAGAGGAGAGCAACUAUGACGAACAGGUGGACUUCUAUGGCUCCUCCAUGGAAGAGUUUUCUGGAGAAAGGUUGGAUGGGAACCUAAUUGGGCAUAGACAGGAGGCUGCCCUCGCAGCCGGCUACAGUGAGAAUAUUGAAAUGGUGACGGGGAUAAAAGAAGAGGCGUCCCACUUAGGAUUCUCAGCCACUGACAAGCUGUAUCCUUGUCAGUGUGGGAAAAGUUUCACACACAAGAGUCAGCGAGAUCGACACAUGAGCAUGCACCUCGGUCUUCGCCCUUAUGGCUGUGGUGUCUGUGGUAAGAAAUUCAAAAUGAAGCACCAUCUCGUGGGUCACAUGAAAAUUCAUACAGGCAUAAAGCCCUACGAAUGUAAUAUCUGUGCAAAGAGAUUUAUGUGGAGGGACAGUUUCCACAGGCAUGUGACUUCUUGUACCAAGUCCUAUGAAGCUGCAAAGGCUGAGCAGAAUACAACUGAGGCUAACUAAAAAUAGGGCCUGGCCCUUGAGUGGCAUGCACAAAAAUAAACUAUGGUAAUUAAUGCAAAUCUGGGCACAGAUGAUGCGUGCCACUUGCUAUUAUGAGAGAAGCUUAAAAAGAAAAAAAAGGAAGAUAUUUCUGAAAGACCAGCUCUAAGUAGGCCAAUUAAAAAAAUUUAAUUCCUCAAAUUUAUAUGUUCUGGUCCUGGCCUAGAAUGGAUGUUGGGGAUAAGUUCACCCAGUGCCCAGCUGGCAAGACAGCCUUUCCAGCUAGCAGCGACUGAGGCAGUGGACUUGGUGGCAGACUAACCCACCAGUGCACUCAGGAGGUAGCAGUUUUCUAUCAUGCAGUGCCCGGGGGUCAUGUUGCUGCAGGGGGUUGCUCCUGGUGGCUGCAGAGUUCUGAGGCUUUGCGUUGGUAGUGCGUCACUGGAUGCUACUCUCCUCGAGACUACAGCAGCCUGACUCCUGGGCUGAGAUGUGAGCAGAGCUCUUUCAUGUCUAAUUCAUGCUUUCUAAAGUUCUAGCUGAAACUAUGGCGACAUUAGAUAGAGCUGAGUCCAAAACAGGUGGCAUGGCUCCUGUCAUAGUGCUGCAGACUCUUGACAAAGCACGGUUGUGUGUUUAGUUCUAAUUGGGGUUGAACCAUGUGUCUCCUUUUAAGUCUGUGGGUGACAGAGAUAGGUGUUUCUAGUUGGUUUGUAACUCUAAGCUUCCUCAUUUAAUGGUAGCAUCCGGGCUAGACUUCCAGCCUGCAGUGACUCAACACAGUACUGGCAGUGGCCUGUGGCUCCCUGCCUUAGAUCAUGGUGCUUCCCAACAAGGGUUAGCCAGGGAUGCAUGGCUAAGAGUUACCUGUGAGCGGACACUCCCAUGCUCAGAGUGAGAGAGAGUGUUGGCAGAGGCACAACUUAUAAACAGAAGGCUAAACUUGAGAGAAGUCUCAAAAAUACACUGGUCUGGGGGAUGUGGUUUUAGAGGGUACACUGAACAACACUGUCACUCAGCUCCUUAUGAGACCAGGAAUGUGAGUUCAAGGUGGGAAGGGGGUCCUACAUUGAGCAACAUCAUCUAACAGAUCAUGUCCUGUAGUCGGGGAGAAAGCUGCACACAUUCACAAGUCCCACUAGCUUAUACCCGCUCAGGGAAGAAAGGCCACCCACCCUGCAAGGCCUGUUCUGCCUGGAGUUGGAAAGAAGUCUUGUGUUUAAGCAUGUGAUAGGCCUGAGGCUCUUACUGGGGUGUCUAGUGUGCUUUUCUUGACUGGGAUAGCAUUCUGACCAAAGGCAGCUCAGGGGAGAAAGGGUCUUUGUCAGCUUACACUACCAUGUCACAAUCCAUUCCUGACGGAUUUUCAGCAGGAACUUGAAUAUUGACAGGCAAGACUAUCAACCACAGAUGUGCCCACAGGUUGCUCUGAUUUGGGCAAUCCCUCAACUGAGACCCCUUCCCAGAUAACUCUAGGCCACGUUAAAUUGUCAGAGCAAGCUAGACAAUAGGGCAGGUGUUGCUCCUAUGUCAUCUAUUAUUAUUGCUAAGUACAAACUUCUUUUUCUUAAAAUAAAAAUUAUUUUUCUUGGCUUUGGGGUGAAAUUUUGUUUUUAAAGUUUGUCUUUCUCUAAUGUGACAGACAUUUCUGGCAAGGGUUUCUGAUCAUAAGGCUUCUGACACCUUUGACCUUUGUAAAGGGGAAAGAAAAUUGGGACUGCCAGUAAAUGCUUAUGAUCAAGAUUGUGAAACAAGGAUCUGUUUAUGAACACUGUAUCAAUCUUGGUAUACAAAAGCACUUUGUAUUUAAAACUUUGUUAUAAGUAAAGAUGUAGAUUUUUUUUUUUUAACCUAGAAACUAGAUAAUUACCUCCUAGUGGUUUGGUACGUUCAGAUGAUCUCCCAUCUCCCAGUGUGGAAAUCUGCCAGUCAGCAGCGGUCCUCUGUGGCCCUGCGAAGCACAUGGAGGGGACUGUACAGUCAGCUCACACAUGCCUCCUAGUCUCUCCCUGACAUGUGUGAGGAUGAAGUCUUUGCAGCUUCUAGUAAUUUCUACCUGAGGCAGUUGAACCAUUCUGUAGUCAGGAGCUGCUCCGCCCCUGCAUGUAUGGUGGCAAAGCUUUUGUUCAACUGGAGUGGGGCAGACCCUGUGAAUAGGUAGAGUGUCCUAGGUCCAGGAGGCAGAGAAGUAACCAUAGUCUAGGCAUUAAUUAAAGUGAGGCUUCUGACCUGCCUUUCCCAUCAGGGGUUCUACCUAGCACCCGGCCGGUCUGGUCUCCUCACCACUGCCUUAGGAAAGCCCCGCCCUUCCAGACAAGCUUGAAUAGUUGUGGACAACACUGUCCCGUGUUCAGGGACUUCACAGUGGCCCACCAGCAAGGUGUUUGUUAUCUACUUUGAGCCUGACUGGUUUUUCUCAGUCCUUAUAGGAAAGGGCUUCCAGGCCCCCUGGCUGCAUCUCACAAUCUGCAUGCCUUUAGUCUUGGAUGCACACGUCAGUGAGCUGCAUGGUCCAGCUCCUCAUGUGCCCUUGUUCUGAGCCCUGGCCCAUUGCCUUGGAUUUCUAGAGCUCACCUUCUCUGGCCUGGUUCUUAAGAGCCUGCCCUAAAGGAUUACCUCCAUUUCGAGGGGGCGUUUACUGAACUACUCUGGCCCUGAUCAGGCUGUGUGCUACAAAGGGUGGCACACCCUGAGCUAGUGUGGAAGGGAAGGUGAGGAACAAAGGCUGUGCUGCAUUCUGGGAAAUGUGUGCUGCCGCAGGGUCCCCAAGGUCGGGCUGAAGCUUUGCCUCUCCCACUGUGGGAAUGCCGGGGACCAAGGACAGGGCUGCUCUUGGCCUCCUGUGCUUUCAGUUGCUUUGACUGGUAACUAACUUUAUCCAAUGAAUCCAGGGUUGCUUUGGUUUUUUCUUUUUUUUUUUUUCUCUGCUAUUUACAUAUUUAAAGGUACUAGUUUCUAAUUGCAAAUCUCUACUGACAGCACCCUGUGGGAACAUGCUGGAACACCUUUGCAAAUGUGAUUUUUUUCUUUUUAAAUGUUGCUUGAAGCCUGUGUCAUGUCAGUUGCUGCUGCCUCUUUUGUUUUUAUGAGGUUCCCAAUGUUUCUUCCAGAAAGUUACUUUAUUUAUACAAGUCAGGUGACUCUUAGGCCACACAACCAUGGGUUGAUAAGCAGAUUGUCAUUAGGUGCAUAUCAUGGAUACUUGUGAACGCCUGUGUUGCAGAAGUUAAAUAGUUCUUUCUAGAAUUGCUGUCCUCAGUGUACAGCGUGGUUUUAACUGAAUGUUACUGUUUAAUAUUUUCUUCUUAUAGAAGAGACCAUGACCUUUUGUAUGACACGUUUUAAUAAAUGUUACCUGUCCAUUUUG